GCAAAGGUGUAAAGGAGGAGGAGGGAGGAGGAAUCAUCGCACUCUCUCAGCUCCAAAGAACCGAUAUGAGUUGCCUUCUUCACUUGCAAUUCUCUGCCUUUACAUCCGCCCAACAAAAGUGAAGGAAGCCAAUUCUCUCUCUCUCUCUCUCUCUCUCUCUGUGAGAAUGGGUUGCACGCAAUCGAAGAUAGAGGACGAGGAGACGGUGAGUCGAUGCAAGAAGCGCAAGCAGCACUUAAAGGCGGCGGCGGCCGCCAGGAAUGCCUUCUCUGCCGCCCACUCCGCCUACGCCAUCUCCCUCAAGAACACCGGCGCCGCCCUCAGCGACUACGCCCACGGCGAAGUCGCCGCCGAUCACCACCCCCUGGACCCCACUCCAAGCGACACGGUAGGCGUAGUCCAGGCUCACUACGAAACGUUGCCUCCCCCUCCCCCUCCCCCUCCCCCUCCCCCUCUCAAUGACCCCCUGUACCGCGCCUCCAGCAUGCCCGAAUUGUCCAUCCACAAGCCCCACGCCGACCUCCCCGACGCCAUAAUUGAGGAAGAAGAGGACAACCAACAAGAACAACACAGGCAAGAACGGGAACAAGACCUCGAAAACGAAUCCGACAGCUUGAAACACCGAAGAAGUUCUCGCCCUAGCCGUGGCGGUGGCGAUGUGAGUAGAAACGUUAAGGACAAGGGCGUAGCGGCACCACCGGAGACGAAUUCGGAGCCGCCGCCGCCUGUCUUUGACUAUUUCUUCCCGUCCAUGGAGAACGUGCCGGGGCCGAGCUUGGCGGAGGAGGUUGAUGACUAUAUUAAGGUUGAGAGAGAGGAGAUUCAAACGAAGAUGUACGAGGAACGCUCCAAAAAAGCUGCACAAGAUGUUGAUGGAGGCGGUGAUUCUGAAUUGCGCCGGAGCGUGGAGGAGGAGGCGGCUGAGAUGAUGGAUAAUUCGGCUGAGGUUCCUUCUCAGCCGCCGCCUGCAUCAAAGGCUCUGAACAGGGUGAGGCUGGUGGCUCCGGCGGCCAGUAAUAAGAGAGGGGGCAAGGAUGCCUCCGGCCCUAAUUUGUUGCAGAUAUUCGCUGAGCUUGAUGAUUGUUUUCUGAACGCAUCAGAGAGUGCUCGUGAGGUUUUGAAAAUGCUCGAAGCGAACCGGUUGCAUUAUCAUUCCAAUUUUGCGGACAACAGAGGGCACAUUGAUCAUUCUGCAAGGGUUAUGCAAGUCAUUACUUGGAAUAGGUCUUUCAGAAGUUUGUCUAAUGCCGAUAAUGCGAGUGCUGACUUUGACUCAGAAGAGCAUGAAACACAUGCAACAGUAUUGGAUAAGAUGCUGGCAUGGGAGAAAAAGCUAUAUGAUGAAGUGAAGAUUGGGGAACGGAUGAAACUUGAAUAUCAGAGAAAGGUUGCUUCACUGAAUAAGCUAAAGAUGCGCAGUGGUAGCACUGAUGCAAUAGAGAAAACAAAAGCAGCAGUAAGUCAUCUGCAUACAAGCUACAUUGUUGACAUGCAAUCCAUGGAUUCAACUGUGUCAGAAAUAAAUUGUUUGCGGGAUCAGCAAUUAUACCCAAAGCUUGUUGCACUUGUUGAUGGGAUGGCUACAAUGUGGGAGGCCAUGCACAAAUACCAUGAGGAUCAGUCAAAGAUUGUGGGAUCAUUACGGCGGUUGGACAUCUCUCAAUCACCCAGAGAAACAAGCGAGCAUCAUCACAAACGAACAGUCCAGCUUUGGCUUGUCGCUCAGGACUGGAAUUCACAAUUUGAGAAACUCAUGACCCAUCAGAGGGAAUAUGUAGAAGCUCUCAAUGAUUGGCUCAAACUAAAUCUUAUUCCCAUGGAUACCAGUUUAAGGGAGAACACUUCAUCCCCACAAAGGCCUCCAAGCCCGCCAAUCCAGGGACUCCUCCGCGCCUGGCAUGAUCAUCUCAAGAAGCUUCCUGAUGAGCCCGCGAGAACUGAAAUCAGCACCUUUGCGGCUGUCAUGAAUACUAUAGUUCAGCAUCAAGCAGAGGAGCUGAAGUUGAGGGACAAAUGCGAGGAAACCCGGAAGGAGCUUGCACGUAAGACCAGGCACUUUGAAGAUUGGCAUCACAAGUACAUACAGCGAAGAACACCACCUGACGAGAUGGAUCCCGAAAGGGCACCGGACAAGGAUCUGAUCGAGGAAAGGCGAUCAGCAGUUGGGACGGUGAAGAAGAAGCUGGAAGACGAGGAAGAAGAUUAUCAGAAGCUGUGCAUUCUGGUCAGAGAGAAAUCCUUGGCUAGUCUGAAACUUCGUUUGCCAGAGCUUUUCCAUGCAGUGUCUGUUUUUGCUCAAGCAUCUGCAAAUAUGUACAGUCAUUUGCGGUCCUCACGGUAGAAAGAGAGAGCUUGUGAUUAAUGUGACAAAUUUUGGUCUGCUUGAUGCUUUCUUGCUUGCUUGCUUUGUAUACUUUCUUGUUUUUGCAGUUUGAUGGAUUUGGAAUGGUGAUGCAGCCUGCAUCAAUCUAUCGGUAUUAUGGUAUGAGACCUUCAUUCAAUACGUAAUGUUUUUGUUCCCCCAACCAAAGGAAGGUCGGGAAUAUGUUAUUUGUAUAUAUAAUAACAUUUUCACAAUUUCGACUUA